AGAAAAACUUAUGGAGUAAUGCUUGCUUAUAGUAAGUCUUUUCGAAUCACCUAUCAACCACCUCAAGACUAUGUAUGUUAAGAGGUCUGAAUAUGCGAAAUUUUACUCAAAUUUCAAAGAGCAAAUUGGUAGCGGAGGAUGUCCAGUUCAAAUUCUCGUUGGAUUGGAUCCAGAUGCGCUCUGUGCAUGUAAAUUACUUUCGCGACUCUUGAAAGGAGAUUUCAUUACCCACAAAAUAUUGCCAAUAUCAGGAUACCAAGCAUUGGAAAAGGCAAAUAAAACACUUAUUGAAGGAAACGAAGAAUUAAAGGCAGUUAUCUUAAUUAAUUGUGGUGCAAUGGUUGAUCUUCCUGCAUAUUUAGCAGUUAAUGACCAGUUUAACGUCUAUUUAAUUGACUCUCACAGGCCGUACAAUUUGGAUAAUAUUUAUGAAGAGGACAAUAGAAUCUUCGUAAUUGAUGACGGUGAUAUCGAAGAUGAAAUGACUGAAAUACAUGAAGCUUGGUAUACCCUACGCUCAUUAGAGGAUACGGAAGAGACAAGAAGCCAAGAAAAUUCAUCUGACGAGGAGUCUACGAAUGAAGAAGUGAACGAACUUUCUGGCAAUGAAACUGACAACAGUGAAGAUUCCAUAGUGCGUCCCAGACGGCGGCGAAGAUACUCUGACAAUACCACAAGAAAGAUUGAAGAGCGGAAACGGAAAAAGGAAAAAUAUAAACAGUAUUCUGCUGUGCUGGCGGAUUACUACAACGGAGGCACAUGGGUCGGUGACUCGGUUACCAAUACAUUAUACUCCAUUGCAUCUUCCCUUGGUCGUGAAGACAACGAAGCACUUUGGCUAGCAAUUGUUGGUCUUACCAGUCUUGAAAUCAACAGCCAAGUUUUUUCGCGCUCUAUUGCUAGGUCAUAUAAAGUGCUUCGGGACGAAGUGAAUCGUCUUAAUCCUCCGCCGCUUAACAAAAGUGGUCUUGCUAGACCCCAUGGAAAAUCAUCGACAGACAACUCCAUUCAUACUGAAGACGAGUUUCGUUUCAUGCUUGUCAGACAUUGGAGUCUGUACGAUGCAAUGUUACACUCAUCAUACGUAGGAUCACGACUACGUAUUUGGAGUGAAGAUGGACGAAAACGUUUGCAUAAGCUGCUUGCAAAAAUGGGUUUAAGUCUUGUCGAAUGCAAGCAAACAUAUACCCACAUGAAUAUGGAAUUAAAAAAAACUUUAAAACAAAGUUUAACUAGAUUUGGGCCACUUUAUGGUUUGGAUGAGGUGGUCUACCAAAGUUUUAUUCGAACUUUUGGGUUUAAAUGCACCCUAAGUGCAAGUGAUGUUACUUACGCAAUUAGUGCUUUGCUUGAAAGCGGAAAAUCUAGACUUGUACUAAAGAAAAAUAACACGGCCAGAGAUAUUGACGAAAACGAAGAUGAUUACAUAAAGCAACUCGAGGAUGAACAGAAUGAGGAAUGGUUACACAACUUUUAUGACGCCUAUGAUUCCCUAGAUAAUGUUGAUGCUAUUGAGAAAGCAUUAACGAUAGCCAUGUCUUUACAAAGGUCAAUUGUUCGUUCAGGAAUUACACUUCUGGAAAAACGGAAUAUAAAAACACUACGUUCAUUUCGCAUUGGUUUAGUGACCGAGGGUGCGGAUUUAAAGGUUUUCAAUCACCCUUUAGCGCUCACAAAACUAACACUUUGGGUCGCCGAAGCCAUUAAUCAACAAGAAAAAGAGAUGGGUAAAUUGAAACAUCUCCCGCUGGUUUUAGCUGCUCUACAAGAAGAGAAAGACAGUUACCUUAUAGUUGGCACAAGCACUUCUACAUUUUCAUCAAAAGAUGAAGAUGAUGGUCAUGGCCACAACAAGUUUGGACUUGCUUUCCAAGAGGUCGCAAACAUGACGUCUGCAAAAAUUAGAAUGGACUCUUUUGAAGCUAGCGUUAUUGAAUGCAAAAAAUCGGACUUGGGUGUGUUCUUAGAAUCGCUUUCAUUAAAAACAUUAUAGAAUAAAAAUGUUUAUCUGUCACUUAAAUACGUAUCAGAAAUAUGUCACAAAUGUAGUAUUAUUUUCCGC